AUGGCCGCGCUAAAGCCGCUGGAGCAGGAUGCACUGGAAAUAAAAACGAAAAGCAUAGAGCAAACACUAAUUCCUCUAGUAAAACAGAUCUCGACGCUGGUGACGCACCGCGAGCGGCCGCUGUGCUCGGAGCGCAGUCUGCGCGCAGUGGCGCGGGUGGGGCAGGCAGUCAACCUGGCCGUGGAGCGCUUCGUGACGGUGGGCGAGACCAUCGCCGACGACAACCCCGAGAUCAAGGUGGACAUGUACGAGGCCUGCAAGGAGGCGCGCGCCGCAGGCUCGGCCAUCGAGAAGCUGUGCGAGGCGGCGCUGGAGGACUCCCUGACGGACCGCGGCGCCGUGGUGCGCGCGGCUCGCUGCCUGCUGGCCUCCGUGACUCGCGUGCUGCUGCUGGCCGACAUCGUGGUCGUCAAGCAGCUGCUGCUGGCCAAGGACAAGGUGGCGCGCAGCCUGGGGCGGCUGGAGAGCGUCAGCAACUUCACGGAGUUCGUGAAGGCGUUCAGCCAGUUCGGCGCCGAGAUGGUGGAGCUGGCGCACCUGACGGGCGACCGCCAGAACGACAUGAAGGACGAGCGGCGGCGCGCGCAGAUGGCAGCGGCUCGCCAGGUGCUGGAGCGCUCCACCAUGAUGCUGCUCACCUCGUCCAAGACCUGCCUGCGCCACCCGGACUGCCCGUCGGCGCGCGAGAACCGCGACACGGUCUUCUGCCAGAUGCGGCGCGCCAUGGACCUCAUCCACUACGUGGUGAAGGACGGAGUUCUGGACUCGGCGGCGCAGCUGGGGCAGGCGGGGGGGUCGCCCCAGGACCCGCAGGCGUCCACGCAGGAAGACUGGGACGCCUCGCGCACCGUGUCUGGCGCGCUCAAGCACUUCGAGGACCUGGUGGACAUGACCCGCCUCACGCUGCUGGGGCCCGGCUGCAAGGAGCGCCUCACCGUGGCCCUCGACACCAUCGUGGAGCGCACCCAGGACUUCACCGACUCCGCCUACACCAGCCACGAGCACCGCGAGAACAUCCUGCUGCUGUGCGACCGCGCCAAGCUGGAGCUCAACCAGCUGCUGCGCGUCGGCGUCAGCCUGGAGCAGAGCGAGGGCAGCUCGCCCACCAGCGAGAUGGAGGGCGCAGUGCUGGGGCUGCUGCAGGCGACGCGGGACCUGCGCCAGCAGCUGCAGCAGACCACGCUAGAGCAGGCGGGCGACCUGCCCUCCGUGGUGCGCGCCGAGCACGACAUGGUCGACAUCAUCCGCAACGUGGCGCUGGCCACGGACUCGGAGCGCCUGGAGCAGUGCGCGCAGCGCUUCCACGAGUACAUCGAGCACAUCCUCGAGGUGUGCAAGCUGCUGAGACACAUCGCGCCCACCGACACGCUGCAGGUGUCCGCCAAGUACACGGAGAUCAACCUGAGUAUAUACGGGCCCCAGGUGCUGACGGCGGCGCACACGCUCUCCCUGCACCCCACCUCCAAGAUCGCCAAGGAGAACCUCGAAGUGUUCGCGGACAUGUGGCAGGCGCUCAUGUCUGACGUCACCGGCGUCUCCAAGGAGGUGAUGGAGGCGUGCCAGGGACACGUGCCGGACAAGCAGGUGUACAUGUCGCUGCCCAGGCCCGGGAAACACGGAACCACCAGCAAGCCGCUGAAACCAGCUCGCCUGGAUUCCGAGGAGCAAGCCAAGAUCGCCAAGGCCGGGCUGGAGAUGAAGCUCAUCACCUCGGAGAUGGACGCGGAGACUGAGAAGUGGCAGGAGAGCGGCUCGGCGCUGGAGGAGAACAACGACAUCGUGAAGCGCGCCAAGAACAUGUCCUCCAUGGCCUUCUCCAUGUACCAGUUCACGCGCGGCGAGGGCACGCUCAAGACCACGCAGGACUUGUUCACGCAGGCCGAGUACUUCGCGGAGGAGGCGAACCGGCUCUACAAGGUGGUGCGCCAGUUCUCCUACCAGGUCCCCGGCAGCACGCACAAGAAGGAGCUCCUGGAGAACCUGGACCGCGUGCCCACGUACGUGCAGCAGCUGCAGUUCACCGUCAAGAACCCCACCGUGGGCAAGGCCGCCACCUUCACCAAGGUCGACAACGUCAUCCAGGAGACCAAGAGCCUCAUGGACGUCAUCUCCAAGGUCGUCACCACCUGCUUCAUGUGCGCUAACAAGUACAACCUGGAUUUCCGAGGCCUGACUUCCCGUGGCGCGUCGGGGUCCCCGUUCCGGGAGGAGGACGGCGGGGGGGCGGGGGCCGGGGGCGACGGGGGCAAGCUGGGCGGCGCCCCCGGCUCCGACCCCUCCAUAUGACAGUUCGGGAUGGCCCGCAGGGCCAAGGGCGACGCCCGCCGCACCCGGGUCUCGUUCCUGCUGUUCUGAAGCCCUGGGCGCGCCGCCAAGACUGAGGACCGUGUUCCUUCGGGAGGCAGGACUCCGGACUCCGCCGGGUAACUCUUCAUCUCGCUCCCGCGUGAUCGCCGUUCACCUCUACGUGUCGCAACCGAUGAACUGAUCUCCGGUGCCUCGCUUGCGAGAAGACUUUUUUUUUAUUUUUUGCUUUAUCCGGAACUCCUGCUAAGUAAAUGGGUGAAGCAGACACUUGAAGGACACCGAUGUGUAAAGUAACAAAGCCCCUUUCUUUUUUCUUUUUCUUUUUUCUCCUCUCAUCUCAGUAUCAGGAACCAGAGACUUACACUGUGGUGAUGUGCUGAGUGUAGUGUUGGGAAUCAGGCUGUCUCGAAUGCUGGAGAGCUCAUCUUGCACUGAGCAGUGCUGGUAUUGGAUAUGCAAGCAAUCCUGUAUUGUAGGUUGUGAGUUCUAGUCAUAUGUAGAAACAUGUAUGUGUAACGUGAUAUAAAAAGCAUUGUGAUACGUUUAGUUGUAUUUAAGUUUUUAGUGAGCAUAAGUAAUCUGUUUGCCACACAGUUAUAUAUAAAUAAGUUGGCAUGUUUUUUAAGUGUGAAUUCAAUUUUUAUAGUAAUAUUAGAAGAUUUUUAAUGUAUGGGAUCUGCCUAUUUUUCAAUUUUCUUCUAAAUUUAUUUUCUAUCUUUUAAAGUUUGGCUAGCUAGUAUUUUAUGAUAUUUUUUUGGUAUGUUACUGAAUUUAAAAAAAAUGUUAUUGUUUGACUUGAUGGCUCAUGAUAACUCAAACCAGCAGAAGUUUUGCCUAUAGCAUGUCUCAUCCUUAGAUUGCAGUGUGCAUUUUAAUGGGCAUUUACUGUCUCUUUCCAAUGCACGAUUUCUUCCAUUAGCGCUGUCCUUGUUUCGUUAAGCUCUGUCACCAGAUAUACCCGAAGAGGACAAAAGUUUAAACACAACUGUAUAAUGUAAUGAAAAAUUAAAAAAAAUUGAAAAAAUAAUAAAUAAUUUUAAAAGAAAUGUUUUUAAUGAAUAUAUUAAAAAUAGAUUUUGUUGCUGUAUUUUAUCAGUAGCAUCAUGUGAUAAUAUUGAAUUCUUACUUUUAAGACAACAUAACUGAAAGACUCAGUCUAGGUUUCAGCCGUGUUUGCCAUAAAACAUUUUUUACGACUGACUGGUUCUCACGAAAUUGAGAAAAAUUAAUUUUCAAAAUAAAAUAUAGGUAUAUAAUUUGCUUUAAUUGACAACUUUUGUAUAAAAUACACAGUACACAAGUGCCUUACGUCAACUGACUAUGUGGUCCCCAACAUUUCUCAAUUUAAUUGAAAAUAGUAUGAACAUGAAAAAUAUCAAUUAUGAGGGAAUGAUUAUAUAGGUGAGGGAAUAAGGUUUUUUUUAUAUUAUUGCUAAAUUUACAUUAAAUUCAAAUAAAAAUCAUCAACUUGAUCUUAAAUUAAGAAUUAAUUUUUACAAUAACUUGUUUUUUGUUACAAUUAAAAAAAUAUAUUUCUUUAAAUAUACUGAGAGCUUCAAUAUUUUAUUAUUAUUCCCUCAUAAAUUCUUAUUCCCUCAUUAAUAAUUUUGAUGAGGGAAUGAUAGUAAGGGAAUGAUAGAUUCAAACAUAACCUACAAAAAAAUGGUUGUACAUAACCUCAAAUUAAAUUGCAACUUAAGGCAAGUUGUUUACUCCUCAAAACAUGUAAAACAAUAUAAUAAUUAUUUCAAAAUAAAAUAUUUACCUUGUUCUAAUUUGAGGUGAAGGAAUGAUACAUAAUAUGUAAAAUUUAAAUAAUGAAACUAAAAUUAGUUGACUGCAAUAGGUACAUCUCUUCGCGCCCUACAACAAUGCUGAUUUGGUUACAUUAGCAGUACUGCCAACUACAAAAUGUUAUAAGCGCGGCAAUAUUCUAUCUAAUUCAAAAGUACAAUGCAAGUGUUAAUAAAAAAGUGAGGGAAUGAUAUUUUUUUUGGGGACCCUGAUAAAAAUUAAAUUUUAUAAUGAUUUUGUUCUUGGUAUAUAAUGGAAAGGAUAUUUACGGUAAAAUACAGUGUUUUUAAAGAAAUUAAUGAUAUUAAAAUAGUUAUUUUCAUAAAACAAAAUAAAUAAUGACAUAAUAUUAUUGUAAUAUUAGAAUGGGACACAAUGAGGGAAUGAUAUUUAAAGUAUUCAGUCAACUGCCAUUUUUUUUUAUUUUGAGACAAAUAGCCUACACUAAAAAUAUGUAUGGUUCGAGUACAUAGCUAUAAUGGGACAGUUUUCAUAAAAAAAAUACAAAUCUUAUGACAUAAUGUUUAUAACACAUAAAACUGAGUGUGGACACGAUUUUCGUAAUUUUCUGAGAACCAGUCGACUUAAUAUUACAAUUUUUGGCUCUGUUUUACCAUGGUACAUAAUAAUUAUGUAGAAUGUCUUGUUAUUAAUAGUGACCAAAUGUUAAACAUAGUUUCUCUUGCGAAUUAAUAAUUGGUGUUUAGAACUAGAUCUGAGAAAAAUCAACAAAUUGUAAAAAUGAAAACAUAUUAAAACUCAUUAUUAUAGAUCAUGUAUAAAAUAAGAACUUAAAUGUUAACAACCCGGGUAGCAUCAGCCCGGCAAUAGUGGGAGCAACCUGCUCUGUAAUGCAAUCUAAGCAUGGGACAGACUAUAAAAUAUUUUUAAUUUUUUAAUUUUUUAAGAGUGCAGAAAAUCUGUGUAUGUAUGUGUAUGUGUGAGUGCACUUGCGCUAGGUAAUCUGUGAAUGUACUCACCAAAACAUACUAUUUAUGUUUGACAAAUAUUUUUUCAGAAAGCACGUUUUUUUUUUUCGUCGAUGUUAUAACCAAACUGAUUCGAAAUUAGACCACAAGUUUUUUGUCGUGGUGUGUUUUGUAUAUGAGCGUGAAUGUGGAGAGGUUUAGUGCGGAGCCGUGUGCACUGCAAGGUGAGCUCCCACUAAACGCAAUGCCUGUCGCAUUACUCGAUAUAUACUUUAGCCGGUUUUCCUUGACAGAAUCGUUCCAAGUGCUUCCCGUACAUUCCAGUUGACGCGACGAGCGAGAAAGACAGGCGCAGGCGCUACAUUGCGGAGUGCGCGCGCGUCAUCACCACUUGUCGUAGCUCGACCUUUUUGUUUUGUUUUGGGGGGAAAAUAAACCUUUGGUUGUGUACGUGUGGUGUUUAUAAAAAAAAUAUUUAUCGUGCCCGCAAAGUUACGAGAAUUUUUUCCUCAACCCCCCCUACCUUUAUACUUGUGAUUUAGGAACAAUUAGUGUUUGAGGGCAGGGAAUAAUAUUAAUAUUGUAGAGUUUAGAGUGUAUAUAAGUGUGGUCUAUGCGACAUAUCAACUAGGGGAGUCACCCGCGGCAGUGACCAGAGCUAUGCAUGUCGUGUGCGAAAUGUGCUACCCGCAUGAUAGUUCUUCGUUUAGAUAUUUCACUUUUGUUAAAAUUUAUUUGUACCAGAUAGGUCCAGUCAUGUUUUUCUCACUGUGUAAUUUUUUAUUGUUAUGAUCAUAAUUUUUUGGCACAUUUUUUUGUGUUUACCCUUGGAAUUAAAUACUUGUGCAUAUUACCCUUCUAAGUCAGCUCAAACUGCCUCUACAUGCCUUUGCCAUUCACCAUUCCUCUUCCUGUAGGAAUUAUUUAGUCUGCACAGUGCCUAACUUCCAUUAUUCUCUUUAAGUCCAGGAAUAUUCUGGCGCACUCACACCACUUGAUCUUAUGACUUGUCUAUACUACCUCUUUCUUGGAUCCUCCACAACCUUAUAAACUCUCAUGUUCAUCUACUGUGAUCUGCUCGUGUUCCAGGCCCUGUGUUUCUGUCAGUUUUGAUGAACCAUAAAGUUAUUUUAGGGCUUUAAUUAAUUUCUGUGACACCAGAAUUGUUUUAGUGUUACAAUAUCAUCAGUUCACGUCUCACGUACUUUGCACCAGCUUCAUGCCUAACGUGUUGACUCUGUUUCAAUAUUUAAAAACAUGCAGGUUUUCAUUUCCCCGGCAGGAAACAUUCACGUGCUCAUGAUAUAAAUUCGGUUAUGUCUCCUCCUAUCCUGUUCAGUGUUGACAAUUGCUACAUCCUGCGGGGUAAAAAAAAUGAAUGCACUUUAUGUGGUUCUUAAUGGAAAAUAUAAUUUUAAGGAGCUGACAUAACCAUAUAUAUUUUAGCAGAACCUACUUUUCAUUCCCUAAGAUAAAAGAAAGACCUUAACAUCAUUAACAAUAGUUAGCAUUAUUACCUCGUUCCCAUGUUUUAAUUUUCUUAACUAUGUUUAUUUACAAGAUGAAUGUGCAGCGUCCCGAUGCCAGAUGUCUGAUGCCGUAGAGACCUGUAAAAUUCACGAUUUCAAAUCCAUAAAGGAUAGACUCCAUGAUCUACUACGCACUCGUACAAAUUACAUCUGCUGAUUGGUUACCGACUCGUAACACCUGUUGACUGGAAUGAUCGUGAUUCGCUAAUUCUUCUGUUAAAUAUUUUUUUCAUUGGCCCAGAGUCCUUCAGAUAAACUGUGGCCCGAUCACUGAAGCAAAAUAACGUCAAAAGUAUCUGGACUCUAUCCUAUCGCGAAAUGAAUCCGCGAAUUUUACAGGUGUCUACGUGAUGCGUUACGACGGCGAUGAUGCGAAGUGCGAUGCGCCCGCGCGCCCAGAGAGCUGGCCUAACCCAGCAGCCUCCGGCUCGCCUCAACUCCCCCCUGCUCCGCGCGCGGACGCAUCGCCCUCCAGGUCUGCCGGCCGCGGGGGACUCCCGGUAGCGCUAUGUACUCAACUACUACCCGCGACACUGUCGUGCUUGUGUGUCAGGGUCGGGGUCUCGGACACUACCGCGCUGGGGCUGCCAGGUGCUGUAGCAGGACGCGUGGAGGACAUUCCACCAACACGCGUUCCAUCCGUCACUCGACUCAUACUCCACGAACACGCGUUCCAUCCGUCACUCAGCUCAUAUUCCACGAACACACGUUUCAUCCGUCACUCAACUCACCAUUUGGCUACCUGUUAUGUGAUGAGACUUAAGAAAACAGGCUGCCACGUAUGGUGAAACAUUCAGAUCAGAAAGAAGUAUCAUACAAAGUUCUUUAACUUUUCCUUUGUUUUAUCUUUAAAAUUUGAAUCAAUUAAUUAUUAGAGGUCUCAUAAUUAAAGAUGAAGGGAAUAACUAAGCUAGAUGUCAAAACUUGCACCUUAUCUUUGAAUUAUUUAAAUUUUUUAUCUGUAAAGCAUGACUCUGUGCAUGUGUCAUUAUUGCUAUUGUCAUAAUUUAAAAUAUGAAUAUAGAAUAAGAUUUCAGCCUUGGACAUCUAUCUUAAUAUUCUGGUGUUUCACUUUUUUGGGGGAAUUUCCAUUGUCAAAGCAAAAAAACUUUGGGAUUUGGGAUGUCUGUGGUUUGAAUACUAUUCUGUGAUCGCUUUUUAUUUAAAGCUAGUUUGAGAGGCAACUAGUGAGCUGGCAUAAGCCCACCUUAUUAAGGUCACAGUUGGAGACAUCGAGGAUACUCAUGUGAAGAGUGGACAUCGAACUAAGGAAUAUCAGAAGGCCACUGAAACAAGUAAUAGGAGGGGUUCAAUUGUGAAUACACCCAAAAGAAUUUUAGACUUAAUAGCGGUGUACCGAUCACUGUCAGAUAUCUUUCCCUACAACCUGGCAGCCCAAGCAACCACCUUAACCACUAUUCUAAAAUGUUAACUAGUAAUUUGAGUAGCAAGUCAAGAGGCACUAGGCCGACGUAAACCUUAUACCUCAGGUUAGCUUUUGAUACAGCAAUACUCUGCAUUCCUUGUUGAGUCGUGUUAAUGUGUACCUGCGUAGCCAUGACUAUAUUUGGGUGUUUGUCGCGACGACUCAUUUUACUACUUUAACUCUUCUUGUUGUACUAUUGUGCUCACUGGAGGAUGCGUGUGUGUCGGAACAAUUGCUAGCGAAAUCCUCCACUAGAGGGGUCUUUGAUUAUCACCAUCAGCAAGUAUCAAAAAUAGCAUGGCGAAAGCUCAAAAAAAUUUUUUUUUUCAAACUCGCUUGUAACAAUCAGGUUUGCAUUACAUCAUUACUAAUACAUAAAAGUGUGUAAGCAAAUAUAACUAUUUAUUGAUAACACCAAGAAAAACACAUGAAUUGUUUAUUUUUCCAUUUUAUACUACAUGUCCUUAAGAACUACAAGAAUCCUUUCAGAACACAGACUAGGUUUAGUCACUUGAGGGUUAAAGACCCCUGCUAAAUUAUAAUUCUAUUUUUUUUUAAUUGUAAUUUUUUUUUGUGUGGAUCUCAAAACCUAAAGUGCAGUUUCCUGAAAUGUAAAUGUGCCAUGUGCAAUCUUGUAAAAAAAAAUUCAAAUGAGUCACUGGCAUGGAAAAUCCCUGUGAUGUUUGUAAUUUAAUUUACUACUUAGCAAACUCAGUACAUAUCAUUGGAGCUGACUGUAUCGUUUUCAUGUGAUUUUGUUGUGAGGAGUUUGUUGUUGAGACUGUACUUAUGUUGUGUACAAUAAUUUUUGUGUUUUAUUGAAAGAAUCCGUGCUUGUGGUCAGUUCCAGUGAACUCUUAUCAAUUUAGUUUGUAGCAUGGUUUUCGAAAUACAAGUGCCAUUUUAUGUCAGAUAAACUAGUCAGGCUAAUAAAAGUGUACAUAAAUUGUUA